AUGACGGAGUCGACGUUCGCCGUCGAGGCCUUCUCCAUGGACUCGAUGUCGCCCUCGCCUGGGGCAGAGAUCCCCGGUCUGACCGUCUCGCCGGCUGACACUACCCUCAAGUUCGAGGAUGUCGUGCCCGAGGGCCUGCCCAAGGUCGACACCCCCAAGCCGGCGGAGAAGAAGCCGGUCAAGAAGCGCAAGUCCUGGGGACAGGAGCUGCCGACGCCCAAGACCAACCUCCCGCCCAGAAAACGAGCAAAGACGGAAGACGAAAAGGAACAGCGGCGGAUAGAGCGGGUGCUACGCAACCGUGCCGCCGCCCAGAUCUCCCGUGAGCGCAAGAGACUCGAGAUUGAGAAGCUCGAGGGCGAGAAGCUCAAGAUCGAGCAGCAGAACGAGUUCCUCCUCCGCCGUCUCUCGCAGAUGGAAGCAGAGAACAACCGCCUCAACCAGCAGGUGGCCAAGCUGGCUUCGGAGAUACAGACAUCAAAGUCCAACCCAGGCAGCCCUGCCUCGGUCUCCGUCGGCACAUCAAGCAUCUCUGCAACCCUCGCCGCCUCGACAUCUCCCACCCUGGCGCCCGUCCUGUUCAAGCAGGAGAACGACCUGCUCGACAAGCUGGACGGCAUUCCAUUCACCACCGACUCAACUACAACUACAAUCACCGCCUCCGCCACAAACCAUAUCACCUCUACUACGUCGACCACCCUUUCACCGGCUGACUUGGAUCACUCCUCCGCCUCCCCCUCCGAUUUGACACAACAUCCUGCAGCGGUGUUGUGUGACCUGCAGUGUCAAUCGGAGGCCCGGCCUUGGAUGACCUCGACCUCAGCCACCUCAACAUACCUCUCCUUCAUGAACAUGAUCAUGUUCACCCUCCCCCUCUAUCAGACGCUGACCUCAGCCGCUUAUUCGACGCUGAUUCAGCCAGCGAGCCUGAUCUUUCUUUCCUUGAAGACGGGUUCUCCCUUGAACUUCUCCCCGGCUCAGAUCUCGGCCCUUUUGCCUUUGAUUCUCUGGUUGAUCUCGGCCCCGACGACGACAACCAACAACACCUCCAGCAGAAACUCGACGACUCGAUCGGUUUUCCGGAGCAGACUCCUCUCCCGGCUUCUAGCUUGCAGCCCAGCUUUGGCGCGUCCUUUGAGAGAUGCGACGAGCAGGGAAUUGCAGCUGGUGCUCAGUGAGAGUGCAAUGCUCGGAUCUUCUCGGUCAGGUCAGUCGACCGUUCAGUUGGAGUCGCGGCAACGAUGGGAAUCAUUGGUCACCAUCCUUUUUGCGAUUGAUCGGGCAGGGAAGACGGGAGCAGCAGCAUCGUCAUCAUCAUUAUCAUCAUCAUUUAGAGGGAGGAACAGCGGCAGGUCGCUUAGAGACCGGCCAAGGAAGGUUAUUGGGGUCAACAAACAGUCGCCGACGAAGCGAGGCUCUUUCUCUUCUCGGUCGCGGUCACGGCGUUCAGGGUGCAUGGAGUACUAA